CCAUCUGAGUGAUUUAUGGCACUGUGCAUGGAUGGAACUUUAUUAACCAACAACAUGGACACAUCAAACUUUGCCCAUGUCAUCUUCCAAAAUGUGUGAAAGAGUUACCUGCCACAUGCUGCACUGGAGUGUCACUAUACUUUGACACAAUUCAUCAAACCACAUCCAAAAGACUGGGUUGGCAUAUUUAAGGUUGGUUGGAGCACAGCGAGGGACUAUUACACAUUUUUGUGGUCACCUCUUCCUGAGAACUACGUGGAAGGCACGGCAGUCAACAGAACAGUGGUCUUUCAGGGAUAUUAUGUUCCUAACGAUGACAGCGAGUUCUAUCAGUUUUGUUACGUAACCUACAAAGGUGAGAUCCGUGGAGCCAGCACGCCCUUUCAGUUCAGGGCCAAUAGCCCUUCAGAGGACGACCUCCUGACAGUGGAAGACGAAGGCAACUCGGACAUCCUUGUGGUCACCACCAAGGCUGGCUUUCUGGAGCAAAAGGUGGAAGAAGCUCAGAGGGAGAAAGAUGAGCUGGUCAGGAAAAUAGCCCUCCUACAGCAGGAGAAGGAAGAGCUGGAGAGUGAAAAGGAAAGUCUGCAGAAAGAGGGUGAGCAGCAGAAGGAGAUGUGUGUCCAGCUGAGAAGGGAGAACCAAGAGGUGCAGAAUUCAUCCCAGGCCCUGCAGGAGGAGAAAGAGGGAGUGAAGAGGACGCUGGAGGAAGCCACAGCUAAAGUUGUUCAGCUGGAGGAAGAUCUGAUUGGAGUCACACAGAAGGGCUUACAGAAGGAGACUGAGCUGGACAGUCUCAAAGACAGAGUGAAGAAACUUAUUUCAGAGAAGGAGGCACUGGAAUCUCACCUAAAAAAUGAGAAAGACGAGAAGGAGCUGUACAAGAUUCACCUUAAAAACCGAGAGCUGGAAAACACAAAGCUGAGCGCCGAGCUGCAGAUGCUCAAGUCUGUGGAUGUGAACAAGGAAAACACCAUCGCCCAAUUUAAAGACGAGGUGGCUCGGCUGCAGACCUGCCUGACUGAGAAGGAGAAGCAGCACAGAGAGAUCCUGGCCAAAGUUUCUCCAUUGGGAGACAUGAAGGCCCUGAAGGAGCAGCUGCGGCAGAAGGAAGAACAGCUGCAGGCCAACCAACAGCAGACGUCUCUGUUGGCCGCCGAGCUGAGAGACGCCUCCAGGGCUCGGGAUCGUACCAUGUCAGAGCUGUACCACAUGAAACUGCAGACCGAUGCUCUGCAACAGGCCAAGGCUGAUGCUCAGGCCCACUGCACUCACCUGGAGCGUGUGGUGGAGCAGAUGAAGACAGAGGCCAAGCAGGCCAAAGAGGAAGAAGAAGAAGCUGCAGCAGCGGACCCAGCUGUGGUAGCUGAGCUGCAGAGAGAGGUGGAGGACCUGAAGAUGCGGCUGCACAUGGCUGCUGAACACUACAAGGAGAAAUACAAGGAAUGUCAGCGUCUUCAAAAACAAGUACUGAAGCUCUCUGAGCAGCCGGGGGAUGGGAAAAAAGGUUCAGCACUGGAGGCAACAACAGUUCCUGCUCCUGCGAGUCCUGACACAUCAGUGCCAGGUAGCCCAGGUUCUGCUGGUCCUAUUCUAGAAGCCAUCCUCCAGGAAAAACUGAAAGGCCUCAGCAGAGAGACUUCUGACCGGAACGACAAGUACAGAAAGUGCAAACAGAUGCUGGUGGAGGAGAAGGAGCGCAACUGCAUGUUGUCUGAGGAGCUGGCUAAAACGGAGCUGAAAUUCAAGGAGCAGCUCAAGAUCAAUGAAAGUCUGAAAUUGCAGCUGGCAGCGGAGGAGGAUCGCUACAAGAGCCAGGUCGCCGAGAAAGGACGGAAGUUGAAGGAAAUGAAGGACACGCUGGCGCUGGUUUUGAAGGAGAAGGACAAACUGCCAUUUUCCCUCCUCAAUCUGGAUCUCAACGCUGGCAGCAGCAACAGGAAGGCAGAACAGGGGGUUGGUGAGAAAAGCAAGUCGGAGAGCAACCAGUCCAGUGUGCCUUUAUUCCUGCAGUACCCAGUCCCUUACAUGCAGGACACCCCCACCCCACUGCUGGUCUCUCAAAGCCCCAGCAAGCUGCAGUUUGGGAACCCAUACUCCAUGUCUGAACCCAGAGAUGAGGCAGAUGAAGAGUUUUCAGAGGAGCAGCUGCUCAGACUGCCCCCUGUAGGUCCGCCCUCAUGGGACAGCAACGUGGUGUGUAUCCAACCCACCCGCAACCAGAGUCGACCCGAGGGCCACGAGGAGUCGGAGGAGAAGCAAAACAACAACAACGACGACAACAACACGGGUGAACAGCCGGCUCCCAGCGAGACUCAGAGCCCUUUUGUGAACGAAGGACAAACAGGCUUCUGCUUUGACCCCAGCAUGGAGAUGAAGCGCUGUCCGCUCUGCGAGGUCAUCUUCCCCCCCAACUACGACCAGAGCAAGUUCGAGGAGCACGUGGAGAGCCACUGGAAGAUCUGCCCCAUGUGCGGCGAGCAGUUCCCGCUGGACUGCGACCAGAAGGUGUUUGAGAACCACGUGCUCACUCACUUCGACGGCCACCCGCUCAACUUCGAGUAGAGGAACGUACACCAUCAACUCCGCCCACUUCCUGUCCGCCACCGAUAUAAAUCCCGCUGCACUCUUUUCUGCAUGUAAUCAGUGUCCAGAUCCCAUCUUCAGGACUGCACUGACUUUCGCUUUGUUACUUAGAAAUGCAUCGAAAAGUGAUGUGACAUUAAAAGAUUAAAAACAAAACAUUUUAUUUCAGCAGGGGGUUUUAAUCACUUUGCAAAUGAGGCAUUUAUAAAGAUGCGUUUUUGUUUUUUCUUUGUUUGAUUUGAAAAGAAUCAUUUAGGGGAGUAAGACUGUUCUGUACGUAUAUAUAAAUAUAACGACUUUGAACUGACUGGGCUCACACAGACGCGUUAGACUGGAGGAGGUCAUAAUCAGGAGAGAAGUGUUUACCAAACUCACAUUCACCUCCAUGAAACCAAAACAAGUGAUGUUCAUCCUGCGGAUGUGGUUAUACAGUGUCCCAACAGUCAGAUCUUCUAUUUUAAAGUAAACAAAACAACAAAUCCAAUCACAUGGUGAAAGGAUACAGAAAAAUUCUGUGUGAUGUUUUAUUAUCGGUUAAGUUUCCUUUUGUUCUUGUUUUUGAUUCUAACAGUUUUAGUGUCGGAUUCUGCCUCCAUCAUGAUCAGCCCAUUAGUGCAUGCUGAGCUUUUGUUCAAGGUUUUCUUUGUCCUUCACCAGCAAAUUUAAGUUAUUUUAUUCACAGGAUCUUUUAAUUUGUUCAGUGACUUUUAUGUAACUAAUGUGUGCUAAUAAAGUUGGUUCCAAACCUAA